UGAAGGAGGGCGGGUGUGCAUAGCUGUGACCUGAAGUAACUUCGCAGGUCUGACCCGGCUAAAAAUCAAAGUUAACAACCAAGUCCUUUUUUCACAUUAGUUUAUGGAUAGUCAUGACGAUUUGGACUCAGCACUUUCUACCGGGGUUCAUAAAAUCUUAGCUCGUAUUCGAAGUCUCAAAACUUUUGUUCAGCUUGAAGAUGUCUACACUGAGUUACUUCUCUUUUUGAACUCUCAGGAUUCAAAAAUACGCGAAGUUGAGGCAGGACCAGACAUUUCUCCGGUAUUAUCUUCACAGCUAUCGGUUUUAGAUCGAGUUAACCUUUGUAGUUUGCUGACAGCAGCCUUUAGCAGGCGGGCUCGCGUUUUAAUGCAAACGAAAGGAACUAUGCUGAAUGCCGAUGCUGUUUGUCUGGACAGUCCUACUGGAGGAGAUGUUGGUCAGCAGGCAAAUGCUUCACAGGUGCUUGUCUGGGUGCGCGAACUUGCAGAGUUGCUCAAGGGUGUUGGACGCUCACCGGCUGUGGUCCAAGCAUUACGAAUGGAGCUAUCUCAUAAUGAUUAUUUUUCUCACGAUGAUGGAACCUUCUGGGCUCUCGAAGCUUCUCUUUCCUAUGGUCACGGCGAACUGCAUGACAUUGAAACCGAGCAAUAUGCAAAGAAUAUAGAAAAGCUGAAUACAUUACUUUUGAAGUCUCGCCCAGAUAUGGAUAUGAUUGUGGAGGCUGUUAAAGACUUGAGCGAACUUCGUUACGACGAAGCAGAGCAUAUAUUCGAAUUAGUUCAGGGAAGUGAACCUGAUGGUCGAAUCGAUGCUGAUGUUGCUUUGAAGACAACACGCGUGGUGACUCCUCUUCGUGAUUUGAUCUCGCGAGACUGCAUCCAGCUACCAGCCAGGGGCAUUAAGUGCGCACACUUCGAGGUCUUCGAUGUUGGGAGUUUUGUCCGCAUGACGAUGCAGCGAAAGAUGGCAAGAUCGAUUAACAACCACCAUACCGGUGAAUGGGGUGCGCCGUGUCCACUGUGCUGCCGUUUUACUGCACUCGUGGAUCUGCGAGUUGAUCGGACGGUGCUGCACGCGAUUCGAGAAUACGCGCAUGAUAAGGACGGGGAAAUUGUUUCUCUUACCGUGAACCACGCAUUGGAGUGGGACCUCGAAAAAAGAACAUGCCGUGUGGUUGAGGGAGGCAAUAGAGACCAUGCGAAAGCGCAUACAGACAAUUCUGAGGUGGGGGUGUUGCUUGAGGAUUAUAUGCAAGAUGAUCAAAACGACGGGGUUCAGAAAAAGAGACGCGUUGAAAUCGAUGGGCAUGUGCUUUAUGUGGAUGAGUAAAAGGGCCAAUUGAAGGCUGUGGGAUGUGCGUCUGUAUCUCAAAUACUGAAGCGAAAAUAAUAGAAGUAUUCUAUUGUGUUUAAUUAUUGGGAGUGUUCCUUUAAUCAACGCACGUAUUGGAAAG